AUGGCGGAAGGUAGCGGAAUCGACCGUAAGGCUGAGGAGAGGAUGGAGUUCUCCACCUCUAAGGAAGUGACGGUUCACCCGACCUUCGAGUCGAUGUCUCUCAAGGAAAAUCUCUUGCGCGGCAUCUACGCUUAUGGCUACGAAUCCCCUUCGGCCGUCCAGUCCCGCGCCAUCGUCCAGGUCUGCAAGGGCCGCGACACCAUUGCCCAGGCCCAGUCCGGUACGGGUAAGACGGCGACCUUCUCGAUCAGCAUGCUCCAGGUUAUCGACACGGCGGUGCGCGAGACCCAGGCUCUCGUCCUCUCCCCGACCCGCGAACUUGCGACCCAGAUCCAGUCCGUCGUCAUGGCCCUCGGCGACUACAUGAACGUCCAAUGUCACGCCUGCAUUGGAGGCACCAACGUUGGCGAGGACAUCCGCAAGCUUGACUACGGCCAGCACAUCGUCUCGGGAACUCCGGGACGUGUCGCCGACAUGAUCCGCCGCCGUCACUUGCGCACGCGCCACAUCAAGAUGCUCGUCCUCGAUGAGGCCGACGAGCUCCUCAACCGCGGAUUCCGUGAGCAGAUCUACGACGUUUACCGAUACCUGCCGCCCGCGACGCAGGUCGUCGUUGUCAGUGCUACGCUGCCGUACGACGUGCUCGACAUGACGACCAAGUUCAUGACGGACCCCGUGCGCAUCCUCGUCAAGCGUGACGAACUGACGCUCGAGGGACUCAAGCAAUACUUUAUCGCCGUCGAGAAGGAGGACUGGAAGUUCGAUACCCUGUGCGAUCUCUACGACACCCUGACCAUCACGCAGGCCGUCAUCUUCUGCAACACGCGGAGGAAGGUCGACUGGCUGACGGACAAGAUGCGCGAGGCCAACUUCACCGUCAGCAGCAUGCACGGCGACAUGCCGCAGAAGGAGCGUGACAGCAUUAUGCAGGAUUUCCGCCAGGGCAACAGCCGUGUGCUCAUCUCGACCGAUGUGUGGGCGCGCGGUAUCGAUGUGCAGCAGGUCAGUCUGGUCAUCAACUACGACCUGCCGAGCAACCGUGAAAACUAUAUCCACCGCAUCGGCCGAAGCGGUCGCUUUGGACGCAAGGGUGUCGCCAUCAACUUCGUUACCAGCGAGGAUGUCCGUAUCUUGCGCGACAUUGAGUGUGAGUAUCUUCCCGAAUCCGAAGCCGAGACUGUAUACUACUCGACCCAGAUCGAUGAGAUGCCCAUGAACGUGGCCGAUCUCAUCUCUUAA